UGAUCUUAUACGGACUCAAAUCAUGGUCGGAACUUGAGGCUCACAAACCAUUUCUUCCUCUCUUCACAUCUCUCUCUCUCUCUCUCUCUCUCUCUCUAAAAUGCUUCUUCAUGCUUCGUCGUCACUGUAUAUCUCGCUUCAUAGCUCGAGAACACAUUCAAGCUUAGGACUACUUUCACAUGAGAGACCCCUUUUACCAUCAGCUAUCAUAAGUUGCUCUUUUCAGCCAAAACGACUUGAAAAUACAAUAUGGGCUUCACGUACUAGCUCCAUUCUGAACACUUUCACGGCUAAAGCAGCAUCUGUUGAAGCUGGAGCUUCUGCUGUAUCAAAUGGAAAAGCUGAAAGUGAUGUUUUGACAGCAUUGUCUCAAAUCAUUGACCCAGAUUUUGGAACGGAUAUUGUCUCAUGCGGUUUUGUAAAAGAUCUAGACAUCAAUGAGGCUUUGGGAGAGGUUUCAUUUCGGUUAGAGCUUACUACACCAGCAUGUCCAAUCAAGGACAUGUUUGAGCAGCAAGCAAAUGAAGUGGUGAAAAAGCUUGCUUGGGUGAAAAAUGUGAAAGUGACCAUGUCAGCACAGCCAGCUAGACCCAUGUAUGCUGGGCAACUUCCCAAAGGUUUACAGACAAUUUCAAAUAUUGUGGCAGUUUCAAGUUGCAAGGGAGGUGUGGGAAAAUCAACUGUUGCAGUAAACUUGGCGUACACAUUGGCUGGUAUGGGUGCUAGAGUGGGAAUAUUUGAUGCUGAUGUCUACGGUCCAAGUUUGCCAACUAUGGUCUCCCCUGAAAACCGACUUCUAGAAAUGAACCCAGAGAAGAAAACUAUCAUUCCUACUGAAUACAUGGGAGUGAAAUUGGUGUCUUUUGGAUUUGCUGGACAAGGUCGUGCAAUUAUGCGAGGUCCAAUGGUAUCUGGAGUCAUCGACCAACUUCUGACUACAACUGAGUGGGGAGAACUGGACUAUCUUGUCAUCGACAUGCCCCCAGGAACUGGUGAUAUUCAGCUUACCUUAUGUCAGGUAGUCCCGUUAACUGCUGCUGUGAUUGUUACUACCCCUCAGAAGCUUGCAUUUAUUGACGUUGCCAAAGGAGUCAGAAUGUUUUCAAAGCUUAAGGUGCCAUGUGUUGCUGUAGUUGAGAACAUGUGCCACUUUGAUGCUGAUGGGAAACGCUACUACCCAUUCGGUCGAGGUUCGGGAUCUCAGGUUGUACAGCAGUUUGGAAUUCCUCACCUGUUUGAUCUUCCCAUUAGACCAGCUCUAUCUGCUUCAGGAGAUAGUGGAGUGCCAGAAGUGGUAGCUGAUCCUCAAGGUGAAGUUGCCAGGACAUUCCAAGAGCUUGGAGUAUGUAUUGUGCAACAAUGUGCCAAGAUUCGCCAACAAGUGUCAACAGCUGUCACCUAUGACAAAUCUAUCAAGGUAAUCAGGGUGAAAGUACCAGACUCAGAUGAAGAGUUUCUUCUCCAUCCUGCAACUGUAAGACGGAAUGACCGCUCAGCACAAAGUGUGGAUGAAUGGACAGGAGAGCAAAAACUGCAGUAUACUGAUGUUCCAGAAGAUAUUGAACCCGAAGAAAUUCGACCAAUGGGAAAUUAUGCAGUUUCAAUAACAUGGCCCGAUGGCUUUAGCCAGAUAGCACCAUAUGAUCAACUACAGACAAUUGAGCGAUUAGUUGAUGUUCCACAACCAACUGCUGCAAAGGUUUAGUAGCUUCAAGAGAUUAAUUAAUAGAGAAUAGAGAAGUGAUCAUUAGUUUGAAAGUCCCUAAAAAGAUUCCCUUGUGGUGGUUAGAAACCAUUGAUUUUGAUGACUUGUGCCAAGUUCAAACAGAGCCGUUGGUCUUCUUUAUUAGGAACACAGGUGCAAGUGUGUGAUCUCUAGUUAAAAACUCAUAUCUUUUUUCUCUAUUUAAAUAGAUCCCUUGAAAAUGUUCAUACAGUUCACUGUGUAUGAGUAAGUUUCAUAUAAGAUAAGACCAUUCAAUAGUAAAAA